GCUGGGCGGUGUCUAUAAAAGGGGGCGCGUCUGCCAGGGCCUUUCCAAACCGUGCGCUCUUGGCGAGGUGGUUGCGUUCCGCGCUCCAGCUCCGACUCCUCUCGCACCGGGCUUCAUUGUCUCUUCAGGCGCGGCGAUGCUCCUCUGGGCGCUGGCGCUGAGCGCGGCGGCGGGGCUGGCGGCGGCAGCGGCUCCUCCUGCCGCCUCCUCGUCUUCGACGGGCGCAUCCAGCAAGGAGCGCAGCAAGGCAGCCUCGUGGGACGAGGUGAACGUGCUGGCGCACGGGCUGCUGCAGCUGGGCCACGGCCUGAAGGAGCACGUGGAGCGCACCCGCGGCCAGCUGCGCGAGCUGAGCGGCCGCCUGAGCGCGCACAACGCCUCGCUGGCCAGGCUGGAACGCCGCGCCGACGAGGAGCAGCAGCUCGGCCGCGCCCAGCGCCUCCUCGACGGCCGCCUCGCCCAGCUCUCCGCUCAGCUGCGGGCGCUCCUGGCCGACCUGGCGGCGCACAAGGCGGCCGUGCGCGAGCGCUUGGAGCGCCUCGACGGCCGGCUGCGCCAGGCGGGCGCCGAGAACGGCAGCGGCAGCCCUCGAGGGGCUGGCCCGCCGGCGGAGAUGGACGCGCUGCAGACCAUAAUGAGUCGUCAGAACUUGAAGAUUGAAGAGCUGCUGCAGAAGAUUAAACAGCAGCAGUAUCGGAUGGAUAAGCAGAACCUGCAGAUCAAGAGCCUUCAGAGCAAGGUCAACAUGCUGAUCCCCUUGCACAUCAAGGAAAACGAAACGCAGAGUCCCAAGUGGAAGGGGAACAUCUUGCGGAGUGCUGACCGAGCCGCCAACCGCAGCCAGAACUCCAGGACUGGGUCCCUGGAGGUGCCAAAGUUCCCAGAGGGCUGUCACCAGCUAUUUCUAGAGGGGGAGCGAAGCAGUGGGGUAUUCCAGAUCCAGCCUCCCGGCUCUGAGGCGUUUGAAGUUUUUUGUGACAUGACUCCAGACGGCGGUGGCUGGACGGUGAUCCAGAGACGCCUGGAUGGCUCUGUCGAUUUUGACCAGCUGUGGGAGGCCUACAAGAAUGGCUUUGGAAACAUGAGCGGUGAUUUCUGGCUGGGCCUGGAAAAAACCCACCAGAUCAUGCAAGAUGGGAGAUUCCAGCUCUUGAUCGAGUUGCAGGAUUGGGAAGGGAACUCACAGAAGGUCCCGUUCCUGUUCAGCCUGGGUGGAGAGGACGUGGCCUACACACUCAGCCUUCUGGGACCCAUUCCCGGAGAGCUGGAGAACGCCAUGGGUGACUUCCCGCAGCUGCCCUUCUCCACGCGGGAUCAGGACCACGACCUCAAGGGAGACACCAACUGCGCAAAGCACCUCUCAGGUGGCUGGUGGUUCAGCACUUGCGGCCACGUCAACCUCAACGGGAAAUACUUCCGCUCCAUCCCACGCCAGCGGCACGAGCGGAAGCAAGGCAUCUUCUGGAAGACCUGGCGAGGGCGCUACUACCCGCUGAAAUCGACCGCCAUGAAGAUCCGCCCCGUGGAGCCGAGCGUGGCGUCUUAAUUAAGCGUGCGGCCUGCUGGAGAGGCCGAGGGGUCUUCCGUUUCCCACUCCCGCCGCCGAGAAGCAGGCGCGCUCAGCCACUCCUGCUGGGGCCACUCUGCCGGCUUCCGCUUCCAAGCCUCGGAAGGAGCCCUCCUUUUGUGAGCGACGCCCCUGCAGCUGGCGUCUGGGGGCCCAUAUAGUGACUAGCUUCUCCAGCAGGAGAAGCGCAGCCUGGGGGGGUGGUUUGGGGAGGGGUGGAGAGGAAACAGCUGCCAGGGCUCUGGCUUUGGCCCAGAUGCGGCUGGACGGGAUGCCCGCUGGGAGGAAGAACCUGGCACUUGCUACUCUGCCGUGCUCUCCCAGAAGUUCUGCCUUUCUCUCGAGGCCAGGCUGGGUCUGUGCUGGUGGCUGGGAUCUCCUUCCCCUCGUCCCCGGGCUGUCCGCCCUGGGGACACUUCCAGCCCCUCGCCCUUGCUCUCCUUGGUUUCAGUCCCUGCUCUUGGGCCCCCACCCCCCAAGUAGAAGCUUCCCAUGCUCUGUUGGGCAACGGGAGGCAGCCAGUAACAUUCCCAGCAGAGAGGUCAGGGGAAACACCAGCCGCUUCGCCCCGCCAUAGCAGUCUCGGCCCAAGCUUCCUUCAGCUUCAGGAGUUGACUGCUUUGGCUCCCAGGACCAUCUCUGUUUCCACGCCGGGAUCAGGAGGUCUUCCGUGAGACUGUGCUGCCUCCUUUAUCCUCGCCCCUCCUCUCAACCUGAGGUCUGAGGAGCAGCUUUGGAGUUCCCCGAAUCCAGAAGGGGCAUUUGGUGCGCCCUCCUUCUGGAAGUGGCUUUGGGAGCUGUGAGCAGGCACCCAGAGACAGCCUGGAAAUGGUUGGUGCUCGGGGCAGAAGGUCAAAACGGUGCCCCUCCACACCGUGGGUGGGUGGGUGUUUUUGUUGUUGUUUAAAGUGUAGUCAUUCGGUGCUCUUGAGUGGUUUCCCAAAAUGUUACUCCCUGCCUCAUGUUCCCGGUCCUGGAACUAUAGCAUAUCCUGGUCAUUCCUCCUGGGCAAACACUGACCAAGGAAACCAUUACAUCCCAUUGGCAUUGAGUUGUAAGACUAGUGUCAGUAUGAAGGGCCCUUGGGUGGGGUUGGUUGGAGGAGACCUCUGGGGCCCACAUAACCCCACCAAGAGAUUGGGUAGGUUUUUGCUCCCAUUCAAAAUACGAUAGGAUAUCACAUGUCUGAGGGGAUGCAACACAGUCUCCAGCACUGACCGCUCAGUAAUAGGGUACAAAUCCAGGCGGACCUUUUUGGGUAUCCUCUGAUCCUCCUCCUCCUCCAUGUUUAAGUCAUAUUGACUUAAUUUUGCUUUGAUAUUUAGCUGCCGGUUCUUGUACAUAAAGGUUGUGCUACUUCGUUGGUUGGUCUUACGAGUGCUCGAUCUUGUCUCUUAAAAUUGUUUCUGUGGUUUAAAAAAAAAUUGCAGCGUUGUUGAACUGUAACUUAUAAACAUUGUCUUGGAUGGAAACAAGUCUGUGUGGGAGAGUUUGCCGUGCCUGAUGGUGUCUCUGUGUUUUUUGUAUUUCUACGUGUGACUCUUCCAUUGGUAAAGUGUCUUUUUAAUGAAUAAAAAUGGUAAACUUUU